AAAUCUUUCGGAAAAUGUACACUUCAAAAUGAGCCAAGUAUUGCAGUCGCUAGUUUUACUUUUCUUUAUUUUUUACAGUAAAGAAGCGGAAUGCAAGAAGCACGACAAGGCUCACGGGGUGAGGGUGGACGGGGGUAAGAUCGUCGGCGGGUAUAACACCACCAUCCAGAACAUCCCGUACCAGGCGUACCUCAUCCUGCAGAAGGGAUCCGGCUACUACCAGUGUGGCGGCUCCAUUAUUAAUGCCAGGAACAUACUUACUGCCGCCCACUGCGUUAGGGGAAUGCAAGCUGUGUACAUCCGGAUUGGAAGCGGCGACUCCGAAAAUGGCGGAUACAAUUACUACACGACUACUUACGUAGCGCACCCGCAGUACAAUGCGCAGACCAGUGAAUACGACGUGGCAGUUAUCAAAGUGGGUCAGAACAUGAGGUUGGAUGGGACCAACACGAAGGCCGUGACUCUAGCGCGCGCGGGCAGCGACCCGCCGGCCGGGACGCAACUCCUGGUGUCUGGGUGGGGAGCUACUUCUGAGAGUGGUUCAACCAGCCGCUUCCUGAUGGCAGUGAAGGUGCCGGUGGUGGCGCGCGCGGACUGCGGCAGGUCCUACUCCGGCAUCACGACGAGGAUGAUCUGCGCUGGCACCGCCGCCGGGGGGAGGGAUUCUUGCCAGGGUGAUUCUGGUGGCCCAGCAGUUAUGGACUCUAACAGGGUGCAAGUAGGUGUGGUUUCGUUUGGCAUCGGCUGUGCUCGAGCGGGCUACCCUGGAGUUUACACGAACGUGGCCGCUGUAAGAAGGUUCAUCGAUGCUACCGCACUUCUCUAGCCGAUAGAUGGCGCUAAUCGUGUUAUUUAGUUUUAUGUUUUGUGUGUGAAAUUAUUUAAAUAAAGGCACUGUUU